CGGGGCGCUGCGCUCGGCGGCGGCAAGAUGGCGGCGCGACAGGAGGCCCGUGCGGGCGGCGCGCAGGCGGCGGCGGGGCCCGCGGCCGACGUCGACCCCCUGGGUCGCUUCACGUGUCCCGUGUGCCUGGAGGUGUACGAGAAGCCGGUGCAGGUGCCCUGCGGACACGUCUUUUGCUCUGCAUGCCUGCAGGAAUGUCUGAAGCCGAAGAAGCCUGUCUGUGGGGUGUGUCGCAGCGCUCUGGCACCUGGGGUCCGGGCCACCGAGCUCGAGCGGCAGAUCGAGACCACAGAGACUUCCUGCCAUGGCUGCCGCAAAAAUUUCUUACUGUCUAAGAUCCGGUCCCAUGUGGCGACCUGCUCCAAGUACCAGAACUUCAUCAUGGAGGGCGUGAAGGCCACCACCAAAGAUGCAUCCCUUCAGCCCCGGCACGUACCAAACCGUUAUACCUUUCCUUGUCCUUACUGUCCCGAGAAGAACUUUGACCAGGAAGGACUUGUGGAGCACUGCAAGCUCACUCACAGCACGGACACCAAGUCUGUGGUGUGUCCCAUCUGCGCCUCCAUGCCCUGGGGCGACCCCAACUACCGCAGCGCCAACUUCAUCGAGCACAUCCAGCGCCGGCACCAGUUUUCAUACGAUACCUUUGUGGACUACGACGUGGACGAGGAGGACAUGAUGAGCCAGGUGCUGCAGCGUUCCGUCAUCGACCAGUGAGCCCGCCCCGCCUUGCCCCGCUGUGUGCCCGGAGCUUCCGUGAUGUGCCCACGCGCCCCGUGCGACUCCUCCAACAGACCUGGCCUGAGCCGUGGCGGCAGACAGGGCCGCUGGGGACGCGGGAGCAGGGCUCGGUCUGCGUCCUCCCUGCCUCCUGGCUCAUCCCCUAGUGCUCAUCUUGUCGUUCCACGGUCUGGUCUUUCUGCGCCUCACCUGCUUCUGGGAGUUCCCGCUGCCCCCGAGGGAGGAACCCCCCCGCCCCCCCACCGGUCCUUGUUUCUCCGAGCUCCUCCCAUCCAGCCCUCACCCGAGUUCUUCAAGCCCACCUGGACUUUUUUUGCGUCGUGAAUAGCACAAGUGAGAUGCCUGUGUCCCCCGGCCAGGGUGACUCCUAGCCUGGGUCUGACAGUCACCUUGUCUCUGCCCUGCUUGUUCCUGCGACUGGCGCUGGCCAGGAACUGAAGCGCCUGCCUGGAAUCCACCCAGACGUCUGUCCGCUGGGGUGAAUGUUCGGAUUGGCGAUACCAUUUUCUUACUCCUGCACACUCUUAGUUAACUGGUUCAGUCUUAAAUGCCUGCAUGGUGCCUUUUUUUAGGAUAAGGUGUAACCAUAUAUUUUUAGUGAGAAUAAGUGCUUCUAGGUUAGGAAAGUGAAACUCCGUCUGUCAGUGGGAGAAAGGUCAGCGGGGAGAGCCGGGGCGGGGGCUGAGUGUUACCGUGUGGUUUUCAAAUAAGAGAGAUUUUUGGAUGACUGGUUUGUGAUUCUUCUCGAGUGGAGAACCUGCUUACGUUCUUGGUCCUCCCCGUGUGAAAGGAAGAAAUUUGGGGACUCUGUGGAUACUAGUUCUUUCACCUUUAAUUUGGGAACUUGGGAACUUUAUUUUUUUUGUUGUUCCAGCUAGUCUUUAGGACACUGCUGUUAACUGUGUGUGGAGACGAGUGGGCGUGGCGCUGCCGCACUGUCCCCCCCCCCCCCCACACACACACACACGGAAACUGUUCUGGGAAAUUCGCAUCGGUAACUGCUCCAGAAUCCGGAUGUUCCUCCUGUUUCACAGAUCCCCAUAGAUACAAGGCCCAGAGCUGCCAACCGCCUCCUCAGAGCAGGCAUGCACUUGUCCAUUUUUUUUUUUUUCAUGUCAGACGCCCGUCGUCUGGACGUGGAGAUGCGGUGGCUGGCUGGACCAGGACUAGGAGUGUCUCGGGGUCCAGCCUGCGCCUGCUGGGGUGGGGUGUGUGUUUCUGCUGUGCUGUGGUUCGGGAGGGCCUCAUUUGAAGCUCACGUCCACUGUCAUUUCGGGGGGAGUCCACGCUGCUCUCUGGCGUUCAUUCCAGCCUGUCUAGAGGGGACGUGGACAAGCCUUCAGUUGAGGGAACCGCCUGAGAGCACAUGCUGGUCGCACCAAGAAACUGACUGCCUUGUGUUAAGUGCACUUCACGUAUUUCUAAUAAGACGACUUUCCAGAAAGUGAAAUUUGUUAUGUUUUGGCUUUUAGGUGAACUGUAAAUAAAUUUCAUAAUUUAUCCAGC